AAGAGAGGGGCGGAAAAAAACGAAAGCAUGGCAGAAAGAUCUGCAGACGUGGAGUUUCUUCAGCAACAAGUGCAGAGGCUGAAUGCUGUGCUCAGUCAGUACCAAUCAAAGGCCCAGCCACCUUCCACACAGCAUGAGCAGGCAUUACCUCUGUCUUCAGGGGCUCCUCGUGCUGGCUGGCUCACUGACAAGAGUCUACUGACGCCACUACUGACUGAGUACGACAACAUUAUCGCUCAACUGCAGCAGAAAAUCGCCACGUAUCAGACUGAGAUAACGUCACUGAAUUUGCACGUGGAGCAAGUAACAACUGAAAAUACGAGGUUGCACCAGCAGUUGUGUGAGUCAGUGGAGACACAGCUCCUCAAGGAGGGCCACGAGGAGGGAGGGAGAGACGGGCUGAAGAGGAGCACAGCUGCUCUGCAGAACCAGUUGUCGGAGAUUUCAAAGGUCACUUAUUGUGGCAAAGACUGCGUACACUCUAGUAGUAUCAUAUGGACCACUUUACCUAUGGCUCUUCUGGUUAUAAUUCUGGUGCCAUUUGGGGCGCAUUUUGCAUAUUAUUAUGGUUCUUCUUACAGGAGAGAGAUGAGUGCAGAGGGAAAUUGAGGCAAAUGACUUUUGAGCUUGAGUACCUCCAGAAGAGCGACAGAGAAAAGAGUCAGUGUUUGGAGAAGUAUAAAAAUGAGCUGGCCACUGCUGAGCAUAAUGUACUAGCACUGCAGCAGCAAAUGGAGGAACUUCAGACUGCUUGUGUCAAACUCAAUGAGGAGUACAACCAGUGUAUGGAGUCAGCUCGAAGCGGAGGGCAAGAGGUGGAUGAGCUGAAACAGGCACUCAGCGAUGCCCGCGUCCAGUGCAAGGCUCUGGAACUCAAAAACACAGAGCUGCUUCGAGCACACAGUCAGCUUGCACAGCGAAUCAAGAAACAGGAGACGGAGAGGCAGGUGUUAGGCGAGCAGGGUCGAGCAGUAGAUGGCAGAGUGCACUUACUGGAGCUAGCCAACACUGAACUUGAGGCCAAGCUGGUUGCAGCUCUAAGUAAUGUGAACAUACUAACCCAAGAGAAGGCAAAGCUGGAGGAGAGUGUGUCGCUACAUCAGAGCAGACUGGCUGAGCUGGAGAGAGAGGUCCACCAGGCAGUGGGGCAUGUAAAGGAGAGUAUGGACAUGGUGGAGAGUGCCAUACUAGACAAAGACCAGGCGGUGAUAGUGAGUGAGCAUAAGACACUGGAGGCUGAGAGACUAAGAGCAGCAAUGGAUGCACUGCUACAAGAAGCUGGUCAAAGAACACUGAGAGAGGUUGAAGCAGUUAGGGCCGAUUACAACAGGAACAUCGACAAGAUGGUGGAGGAGAUCCACAAGUUAGAAGUGGAAUGCGGGGAGAAGCAGGCAAUUAUUGAGCGCUCACAGAGGGAGAAAAACGCAGCAGAAAUGGAAUGUGAGAGGGCGAAGGAGAAGCUGACCAUGGAGGCUGCUAAAACAGAAGAGACUCUUCAGACGCUGCAGACAAGGGUGUGUGAGGCUGAGCUGGCAGCAGAUGAGGCACACAGGAAGAUGGACAAUGCACUGAUGGCCAAGAGGGCUGCAGAAUCCAGCCUUACAGAGGAGAAAAGGCACCACGAGGAGCUGUGUGGAGAGCUGAAGAGGAGACUGAGGGAAGGGGGGGAGGAAGGGGAGAGGGUGACCCGAGAGAGGGCUCAGCUGGCCGGGCAGCUCAGAGAGCUGAUGGAGCAACUGAGGAGUGAGAGGGAGGCUCGAGGGGCAGUCAAGAGGAAGGCCAAACAGGAGCUUGCCGUGGCGAGCCAGCACUAUGCUGUGAGGGAGAGAGAGCUCCAGCAGACACUACGGGUCAGGGAACAGAGCCACAACAAGUCUGUCGAGGAACUGAGAGACAUGCUCACCUCACAGUUUCAAGUGGCCACCAGAUGGAAGGAGGAGACUAAGAGCAUGACAGACAAGUUUGAAGAAACCAUCAGAAAUCUCAGGAAUGAGGCAGCCAGCUACAAGAAGAGAAACGAAGCCAAGAAAGUUGAAAUGCACACUCUUUCAAGACAGAGAGACCAGCAAUCACGACAGCUGGAGAGGUUGCAGGCCAGCCAGACCCAACUCCACAGACAGUUGAGAGAAUCAGAGUCCAGGGCUGAAGCUGCUGCUGCUCAGGUGUCAUCUCUACUGAUGAGAGAGAAACAGCUGCUGGCUGACAGGAGAGAACUGCAGAGACAACUCGACAAACUAAAGCUAGAGAUCACCCGCAGAGCUGGGCUGGUGAUGGCGGUACCAGGCAGCUCAUCUCUCCCUCCUCCUCCUCCUGCCCCUCACCCAUUCCAUUUCCCUGCCUCCGCCCCCUUCCCCGCUGACCCCGUGACCCCGGCGAUGAAUCUCGACGGGAGAGGCUGGGAGUCGGCCAUCGCUGGACUCCGGCAAUCCAUCAGACAGGCCAGACAACAGAUGGAGGCGACUCAGCAGGAACACCACCACACAACAGCCUCCGUCACCUCUUUGAAACAGCCAUUCACCGAUGUUGGAGAAGGAGACAGAGGAUCAAGUCCAGAGAACUCUACUAUCAUCAGUGAAAACUCUUCUCUACACAGAACAGACCUUUCUCCUCCACCAAACCUACUGCCUACAUAGUUGAAAUGUUUGUAACUUGACGCGUGAGCUUGUGCGCAUGUGCAUUAUUUUGACGACGACGUCGUCGCAGACGAACUCGCAAAUUCCGCCGGAAUUCGCUGUCUCUGCAAGUCCUCCGGUUUUAUCGUGAUAGUGGCGGGGAUGGCGGGGUUCUGGCGGGAGCUAUGGCCUAGACUACCUCAGUGGCCGUGUCUGGCGUCUCGCUGUGCCAGUAGUAGUGCGGACCACAUCGGUACCAAGACGGAGGCAGAGUCGCGGAACGAUGAAGCAGAGCGAGACAUACGCAGACUAAAGUGGAACUGGUUGUUUACGAUGCUGGUCUCGAUGAUUGGGUCUCUCAACACUUGCUGCAUCCUUCCCACCAACCACCAGUACAUUGUCAAUCCCACAGACACCGACGAUGUCGUGAACAUAACCAAUGAGAAAAUUGAACCAGGAUUAGAAUUGAGCGAAGAAAUUUACACUCUGUCGUAUGCUCUGCUGUUUGCUGGGAACUCUCUGGCAGCGCUAGCCUGUGGCAUCCUCUUUAACCUCAUCCCCACCUGGUACCUCUUCCUGACCAGCAUCGUCAUCCAUAUCAUCGCGUUCGUGUUCUACCCCCUGGCCACGAGUAGCUGGAUGAUGCUGUUGUCACGUACCCUCGCCGGUCUCGCAACAGGCACUUCGGUCACAGUCACUUUCUCCUACUUUGGCGUGAGCUACAUGAAAUACGUCGAGAAUUUGAAGCAAUUGGAUCAGUAUGAAGAGCGAACUGCAGCCAGAACUAAGGGGUUCGUGUUCAGUUUGUUCAACGUGGGCAACGUGAUUGGAUACACUAUCGGUGGAGGUAUGUAAUAGCGCAGUAACUUCCUUGCUUCAAACGAGGCAUAGGGAGAUUGGUAUGCAUUGAUUAGGGUGAAGCAUGCUUCGCGUACGUUUGCUGUACAUAUCUGUUUGUUACAUGCUGCAGGUUUCCCAAUUAUUCUGGCUCAAUUUCCGGAGACUCCGCAGUUCAGAACGGCUGGCUGGUUCUGCCUGGCUGUUGGAGUGGUACUUCUAGUGCUCCUGCUGGUUCUCUUCCAUGGAGAGUGUGCCUGGCAGCCCUAUACCAGACUUAGAUACCCCAGAAGAUUCCCACCUUGCACUAGAAAGAGAGUGGACGAGAAGCUAUUCUUCAGUAUUGUCAUCCCUGCAUACGUGAUUAUGGUUGGGGGCGUGAAGGGUAUCCGCUAUCUCCUCCCGACCAAGAUGAUGACACCUAUCGUUGCCGAUGCAUUUGGCUACUCAGAGAGAGAUGCCGUCUAUCUCACUACCAUCUUCUUUGUGGGGACUGUCAUUGGACUAGUGCUGACGUACACAUUGCAGUUCUUCAAAGUGAGCAGCUACAGUUUGACUGUGACUGGGCUGGUGUGUACCAUCAUAGGUCUCCUGGUGAUGACUGACUGGCAGGCCAUUGGCAACGACCCAUGCACUGCAUACAGCAUACUGCACCAUCCAGAACUCCUUGAAUUCUACAAGCAAGAACUGACACAGCAGGAACAGGAACAAAACAGACUGUGCUCUUCGUCGACAGGGAGAAAAUAUGACAACUCGUCCAUUGCUGCAUUACUAGAUGCACAAGAGACGACUUGUAGCCUAGUGACUAGUUGUGAGUCUGGCAUGAGGGGAAAAGAGACAGACGUCAAGGCAAUAUUCCAAGUGGAAUACGUGGAAACGCCUCAAGCCGAGGUUUGUUUCCAUCGAAUUCAGAGUGGUAGUAAUGAAGUCAGAGUGCAGAGUCUCAGAACAGUUGAAUCAUUGUCAGAAAGUAGUGGUGCAGUGCAUUGUACGUCGUCAGAUGUCGGAAGUGAACCAUCUAGAACUGCGUCGUCUUGUUUUCUGUUGCACAAAAAGAGCAACGUAUCGAUCGAUAGAUCACUUUUGACGUGGGUUCACAUGCAAAGUCUGCAGGUGGUGGAGAGAGAGGUGUACCAGAUGGCAGUCAACAGGUGUGAGUCUGCAGGGGAACACUGUCACUGGAUACCCAACUCCCCAGUCACUGGCAAACACUGCAGUGACUGCCAGCCAAUCUGUCGAGACACUCGUCGCACGCUCAAUUUCGCGCAGUUUGGCAUUGGUCUAGUGUUCUUUUUCUCGACCCUUACGUUCCUCUUCACCGGAGCCUUUCUCCUCCUCUCGGACACUGUCAGCAAAUCUUACCAGGGGAUAAGUAUGGCGAUGGUAGUUGCCCUAUCUGGAGUCUUGAAGAUGCUCUCCCCGUGGUGGAUGACUUCUCUGUACGAGGUGGCAGAGAAAAGGACGUACCUGCUCAUGUUGACACUGGUGGGCAUAUUCCUGCCACUCCUGAUUGGACUCCUGCUCCUCUACCCCUGGGUCAUGGAGACAAUCACACUCAACCAGACCCCAGACACUGACGAAGAGGAGACGGAACUGAUACCUGCUGGAACGUCCUCAUACACUGACUCUGAUGAAUGAGAACUAAUACCCUUCAUCACUUUAGGGAAUCUCAGCGCCCAUUAUUUUUUAUAUACUAUGGAGCUAUAUAUUUUUUCU